AUGAAACACCCCGUGGUCACCAUCUGGCGCCACGUCCUUGCCGAUGAGAACCCCGACCUCCAGUUUCACUUUAUCAUUCAACCGGACCCACUCCGCCUAGGAAGUGGAACCCGACCUGGCGUCGCGGAGAACUACGACACAUUCAUCUUCCAUCACAACACCAGAUACCGCCUGGCGAUCGGAAGAUGGCUCUUUACCGUCCGUGGUCGCCUCACUCUCCUUGCUUUCAUCUAUCCAUGCUCCCCCAAACCGUCUCUCGAUGCCACCUUCGGCACCAUCACGGUCCCCUCGACCUCUGUGGUUUACAAUGCCUUCCUCGAAGGACGAGCACCUACACCCUCACUCCCCAUUCCAAAUCUUCCUUACCCGGAGAUAUGGCAACCGAUACCCCGCUGGCUCAGAGCUGAGUCACUGCUCACCUUCCCAGAAUUCGAACCAGUUGAGCUCCCAACUGGCUACAAGGCGCCUUACACCAAGGUAAAAAUCCUUAGCCAAUACUGGUUGUUAGCUAUUGACGAGGAGGGAAUUCCUUACCUGACGGAUACAAACUAUGAGAUCAAGGCGAAGAUAGAGGGAUGGGAGAGGAUAGAGUUGAUGACAAAGGAACGGGCAAAGGAGAUGGAGUGGACGUUGAGGAUAACCAAUCACGCUUCCAUACAUACCCUUUCUUGGACCGUCAGCGAUGAAAUUGUUGUCCCAUUUGGGUUUGAAGAGCAAUUAUCUAUUUACGUUCCUUUGCACGAUCCGUUUUGGUAUCACCUUUUGACCCGUGAAUAUGAAGAAGUUGAUAUCGAGAUCUUGUGGGGCUCUUGUGAUGUUCAGUGUAUUGCCGAAUGGGACACAUCAGGCGACACGGAGAAGUCUCUAAGUGCGGUCAUAGCCGUCGUAAAACGCGUUAAUAAAGCAGGGGCACUUGUGCAGAUAUUCAGCCAAUGCCAGCGUCAGGUUCGGUCCGUGACCGAUUUGACAGUGGCCGCUGUCAGCCUUCCCUUCAGCCUCGGAGGCAAGCUAUCUCGGAUACGUCUCCUAGAACUCGAAAUAGCCAAGGUCCUCAUAAAAUCGCCACAUACCGACAGGGCAGGCAGGGGUGAAUUUUGGUGGAAGGGCGUUCGGAUGUCCACGACGCUAUGCAUCCUAUGUAAUGGGCGUUUGCUCCGCCGUGAUCUGCAAAUACUCCAUUCGGUGAAGAAAGGGGAAGCCAAGAACUAUGGUUUCACGUCUACAACCUUCGCAUGUCCGAACGUCGCUAAAUCUUCUUUAGGCCGUCGGGGCGAACUACGUCUCCGCCCCGCUCUGCAGCCUCAUAUGCUCAUCAAACAGCCUAGCUGUCUGGUGAUAUAUCAGGGAUGUACAUUCGGAGAACUCGCAUUGGAGGAACGGUACGGGCCUGAAGACUGCUCGGAGUGA